AUGUAUACAGAAGGUUGGUGGAGACUAAACCAACUGGAAUUAGCAAUGAGCUACAUCGGCCCUAAAGUAAGGGGCUUUCUAGCUACACAGAUACGUUGCUACGCAACUACACAGUCUGCUACAGCAGCCAGCAGUACAUCUUCCACUACACCACAAUCAAUAUCACUGACUUUAAUCUUAUCUCGUCCUCCAAUCAUUACUCAGGACCUCACCCCGUUUGAAUCACAAUUUUACAAAUACCAAUCGGAGCUAUGGAGAAGACUCAUGUGGACAUUCCCCAAGUGGUUUUAUUUCAAACAAGGUACAAUGGCUGAAUUGAGAUAUCGACAAAUCAACAAAAACCCCAUAAGUUACAACCCAAAAAUGUCAUAUCCUAGAGGCAAACCUGAUUUGAAGCAUUUAAGAGAUAGACGUUUUAGACAAUACAUUAGAUUGCCCAAGACCUACCGAGAAGAAGAUGAAAUUGUUGAAGGGCAAGAUCAAUCUGAGUUCAAAGAGAAUGAAAUAUCACGUAAAAUUGUCCCUGCUUCACGUAUCACAGAAGCUGAUAAACGAAAUGAUGUCACUUCAUUGGAAAGAAAACUAAGUAGGACGUUGUAUUUGAUUAUAAAGGAAACUAAUGGUCACAACGAGAAUUGGAAGUUGCCAAAUUUCAAAGAACUGGGUGAAAAUUUGCUUCCAUUGCAUACAUUAGCUGAAGAGGGCUUGUAUGAAAUUGGUGGUAAAAGAAUCAACUACUUUAAUGUAUCCAAAGUCCCAUGUCAUCAUAAUCAGAAUAAAGAAUAUUUCAUUAAGUCACACAUUUUGUCGGGAAAUUUCGAACCUCAAUCGGAUUCAAUUCAAUACCAAUGGACUACAAAGGAAGAAUUAAAGGAUUUGUUGCCAAAGGAUUAUUAUUCUGAUAUACUGCAUUUAUUGAGUGAUGUAUAA